GGCGGGUUUCUAUUGUUUCCACAGGUGCUAUAAAGAGGCAGAGAGAGAGUGUAAGUCAGUAAAACCAGUAAAACCUGAUGACAGAAAGAGGCAGGUGAAGCCGGUGGAGGAAAAAGAGCCGACUGUGUGAAUGAAGAGCAGGUGGAUUGGACGGCAACCUGGAUUACAGACAAGUGUCUUUUGAAAGUGUAUUUUGCUUUACUUUUUCCCGGGGAGGACGGCUAACUGGGACCUAAAAGGAUGGGAUGUUUACUCCCACUUUCUUUUGCCUGAGGCCAAAAAGUGGGUCAACACCUGAGGAGCAGCUAAAAGGAGCAGCACAGACGGAGGCAGUUUUGUCCUACUAAAAAGGGAGCACCGUCAGCGACGGGCAGAUUGGAAUGGAUUGCGACGGAAGAUGUUGGGAAUGCAGCAUUUUUAACCUUUGAAAACAGGCAGGGUUGAUAUUUCCACAUUGCUGCUCAGUCCCUUGCAAUGUGUAAGCCUGGCAAAAGAUUGGUGCGGUGAAUGAAUGUCAGCCACAUUAUGAACUUUGAAUAAACCGUCCAAACACUCAACUGGUUUUACUGCAUUUACACUGCCGGUGGAAAUCGUACCCGGUGAUCAACAGUCAACAAAAGAAACAGGAAAGUGUCCCCUCAUUCAAAGAUUAAACACCACCCGGCAUCUAUUGACCUCAAAGUCCACGUGGUCUACAAGGGAAGAGCAUCAGAGAAGACGCCACCGUACCUCCACCAUGCAGACCCCAGGGCCCGAGCACAAUGACUCUUUUGAUUUCCUGUUCAAGAUCAUCUUGAUCGGAGACUCUAACGUAGGAAAGACCUGCUUGGUUCAGAAUUUCAAGUCCGGGAUUUUCUCAGAGAGACAGCAGAACACCAUCGGAGUGGAUUUCACCGUACGGACCGUGGACAUCGAGGGGAAGAAAGUUAAGAUGCAGGUGUGGGACACGGCCGGCCAGGAGCGGUUUCGUACAAUCACCCAGAGCUACUACCGCAGCGCUCACGGCGCCAUCAUCGCCUAUGACAUCACGCGGCACUCGACCUUUGACUCGGUGGCUCAUUGGAUCAAAGAGGUGGAGCUCUAUGGAGCGAACAAUGUCGUGCUGGUUCUCAUAGGUAACAAAUGCGACAUGGAGCCGGAACGUCAGGUUCCGUUUGAGGAAGCCUGCGAUCUGGCAAAGGACAGAGACAUACUCGCCGCUCUGGAAACAUCCGCAAAGGAGAGCCAGAACGUGGAAGAAGCCUUCCUCAUGAUGGCCAGAGAGCUGCUCUCUCGUAACGGCCUAAAUGUCCAGCGAGAGGACUCGAUAGGCAGCAGCACACCUCGAGUUAUCCUCCGGUCCAACUCUCGGCCUAUCGAUGGCUUUGCAGCUGCCUACACUCCACCAGAGAAGAAGACCUGUUGUUGAUUUGAAGUUAGAACAAAAAGGAAGAGGAAGAGGGUGAAAGACACAUUUGAUAACGAAUGUUUGAGAAGAGGAACAGAUAAAGACCCCAAGAUGAAUGAGAGCUGAAUGUGGCCGGCCAGGCCGCGUGAUUCCUCACAAUGAGGAAGUUUCCAACUUUAGGAAAGUGUUGACAUAUAAAUUCAGUGUGAAUCAGUAAGCUUUUGCAACUCAUCCGACCCAAAAGUCCUGUUAGCCGGUGCUAUAAGGACACAACCAGGGCAUGUUAGUAGGAAAUUGGGGACGGAUCUUUUUUAUUUCAAUUAUUCCUGGUGAAUAUUUUUCUCUUGCUGUUUGACUGUUACUUCCUUUCUUUUUUAAGCUGCCACUACCGAAAUGAAUUAAAAGCCCGAAUGUAAAGUCAAAGACCUUUUUAUUGCGGUGGUUGGACACCAGAAAACAGACUCGAGCAGCGCAUGUGGCCUCAGCCACGCUCUGCGUCUUUUAACCAUCUGGGUCAUUCAAUGUUGUAAUGGUGCAUGAGCCCGUCCUUCUCACCCGAGGGCCCUCUUGCAGUGCUUCUACGACGCGUUGUGAUCCUCCGCUGCCAAAAGUACUGUGAACGUUUGUUUGAUGACAACAUAAUGUCUGACAUUUUCAUAACUGUAAAUAGUAGACUUUGAAUUUCUUCCAGAAAUCCUCCUGUUGACCAAAGAAUGGUGAACACUAGAGGGCGCUGUGCUGUUAUGCAUGAGCCUCAGCUGCAGGCCGGGUGCUCAUUGCCUUUAACAACAAAACGAAAGGUGAUUUAAAACGCUUGUGACUGCGCUAAGAGAUUAAUUGAUUGCAACCCAACAUGCCACAUGUACACAGGAAAACACUUUCUAGAUCACCCUCAACUUUGCCAAAAUCACUUUCUUAUCCAACACCAUGGGGCAGUGUUCUUACACAAUUAACCUGCCUUAUUGAUUCAUUUAUGUGGAAAGACAAAUGUCUGUAAUUAUAUGACUUUAAAAUAAUUUCACCUCUAUGUUUUUCCAUGAAGUAUGGGAGAUGAAUUUUGUCAUUGUUUUUUUGCGCAGCAGGAUAUGCAUUAUUCCGGUUUAAAAUGGCCUUGGGGGCCUAAAGCAUGACAAAACCAUGAAUAAGGAUGAUGAGAGUGAGCAUCCAAAUUACAUUGGUUUGCAUGUUAAACCUUCUGAAUGCUGUAAACGUGUGGGGACUUAUUGGAAUAUUGGAUUUGGAUGCUAAAUGCAGAAGGUGUUCAUCAUCAUUAUUAGUCAGGUAUCAGGCCACCCGAACAACUGAAGUGUAUCUGGAAACUCGCAUGAACCAAUUAAAACACAGAGAACUAAAUGACAAAAUAAAA